AUGCUUCUGCCGCUGGGAUCAUGGCUCCCUUUGGAAGGAAUUUGUUAAAAGCUCGGCAUAAAAACAGAUCUACCAGCAAGGACAUGGCUUCAAAUGAAAGAGAGAUUGUGGUUUGGGUUUGCCAGGAGGAGAAGAUUGUAUGUGGUCUGACAAAGCGCACAACUUGUGCAGAGGUGAUUCAAGCACUACUAGAGGAACACCAGGCGACAUUUGGAGAGAAAAAGGUCCUUUUUGGAAAACCCAAUGAUUACUGCAUUAUAGAAAAAUGGAGAGGUUCAGAGCGAGUCCUUCCUCCUUUGACAAAGAUUCUGCGGCUUUGGAAGGCCUGGGGAGAAGAGCAGCCUAAUUUGCACUUUGUGUUGGUAAAGUCUGAUGCUUUCCUCUCAUUUCCACUGUGGAAGACAGCUGAAGCUAAGGUAGUACAAAAUGUGGAAAAGCAGUGGGAACUCAGCCCAGCAAAUUACAUGAAGAUGUUGCCAAUAGACAAGCAAAAGAAAAUUGUCAGGAAGACUUUUCGGAAACUGGCCAAACUUAAACAGGACAGUGUUCAGCAAGAGAGAGAUAAUAUGGAGACGUUGAUUCAUCUGAUCAUUUCUCAAGAUCAUACGAUUCAUCAGCAAGUCCUUAGAAUGAAGGAACUAGAUAUGGAAAUUGAAAAAUGUGAAGCAAAAUUCCAUCUUGAUCGUGUAGCCAAUGAUGGAGAAAAUUAUGUGCAGGACUCUUAUUUACUGGUCAAUCCAAACGAAGCUGAGCAGCAAGCAACUAGACCAGAUGAUCAAAAAGAGAUGCAUGAAUAUUUGAACAAAAGUGAGGGAAUAUCACAGGUUGAAGAGAGAUUGAAACAUCACAAGCAAUUAAUAGAAAAGCUUUGUUCUGAAAUUGAAAAAGAAGUACAUGAUAUAUGCAAAGAAAAAAACGCAGAUGAUGUACACACAGAAGGAGCUACUAACGCUGAACUGGAAAACUCAAAUUUGGAAAGUGUAAAAUGUGAACUGGAGAAAAGUAUGAAAGAUGGUCUGAGAAUCAAUUCAUACUUGAGCUGCAUUCAGAAAGAGCUUACAUACAGGGACUCAUUGCUUCAAAAAAAGGAAAAAGAAUAUGAACUUCUUGCAGAAGAAUUUAAUUUACUGCAUGCUAAAGACAACGUGGAAUCUAGGCUUCCACCAAAUGAGGAGCCAUCUAAGGGCUCUGGAAGCUCCAGCAUUGCAGUUCCUGACUUUGUUCACAGAGUGACUAAUUUGGACAUAAAUGAUACAGAUUCUGACACUGGAAUCAGCUCCACCCACAGCCAGGACUCUGAAAUAACUUCAGGGGACAUGGUCCUGUUAUCAACAUAGUUGAAAAUAUUCACACAUUUAUAAAAGAAAAUCCAUCUUUUGGUAUAUCUUUGGGAGGAUAUUUAUAAACAUUAGUAAGCUUUACUGUCUUCAGAGUUCAAUGUAAACAGUGUCUAUUUAUAUGCUUAAAAUUAUAGUUGUGCUUAAAUGCAUAGACAGUAUCAUGGGUUAACUGCUGGUAGGUGCAAGGUUGUUAGCUCUGCUAAAUCAGAACAGUGUUUAGAACUUGUAAUAUUGAUACUCGGUGAAAGAGUAGCAUUCUGAACAACUGAGACCAAAAGUCUAAGGGAUUUGAUAUCUUUUAAUCUUUGGGUCCACUUUACAUCUCUGUAACAUGUUUGGAAUGUGAAUUAGAGAAUAGCUUAAACCAGACAGAGAGCUUGAUUUUUCUGCUCUGUUACAUUAUCUUCAUCCAACUGGAAUUUCCCUGUCAUGAAGCUGCUGUAAACGUGUAUGUAAGC